CCUUGCUUCCUUCAAACUUUGUACUUCCUCUUUCUCAGAUUCCAUGGCAAUCGAAAGAGGGGGAGAUUCCAGACGUCCGUAACUGCAUAGUCCCGUCACUACCCGGAGUUUUCUAGGCACCUGUGGAGUUUGUCACCCUCUUUGAGAAUAUUGAGGUGUUCUGGGCUCUGUUGCAUCUUCGUGAUCUGCCUUGUGCUGGUCCUGCAGACAUUUUGCCAGUCAAUGGCUCUGAUGGACAAACACAAGGUCAAACGACAGAGGCUGGACCGCAUCUGUGAAGGCAUUCGCCCCCCAAUCCUGAAUGGGCCCAUGCACCCACGUCCGCUGGUAGCCCUGCUAGAUGGGCGGGAUUGUACCAUUGAGAUGCCCAUCUUGAAGGAUGUGGCCACAGUGGCGUUCUGUGAUGCCCAGUCUACCCAAGAAAUACAUGAAAAGGUACUGAAUGAGGCCGUAGGUGCAUUGCUCUACCAUACAAUUACACUCUCUCGAGAUGACCUUGAAAAAUUCAAAGGCCUUCGUGUUAUUGUAAGAAUUGGGAGUGGUUUUGACAACGUGGACAUCAAAGCAGCUGCUGAGUUGGGUAUUGCGGUAUGCAAUGUUCCAGCCUCAUCUGUGGAAGAGACGGCAGACACGUCCAUGUGUUUAAUCCUCAACUUGUACCGACGUGUGACCUGGAUGCACCAGGCUCUGAGAGAGGGCACUCGGGCUGCCAGUGUAGAGCAGAUCAGAGAGGUGGCCGGUGGAGCUGCUCGCAUCAGAGGGGAGACAUUAGGCAUCAUCGGUCUGGGCCGUGUGGGUCAAGCAGUAGCCUUGCGGGCAAAGGCCUUUGGGUUUGGGGUAAUCUUUUAUGACCCAUACCUUCCCGAUGGUGUGGAACGAUCCCUGGGUCUUCAGCGUAUGGCAACCCUACAGGACCUUCUCAUUCACUCAGACUGUGUGUCUCUGCAUUGCAGCUUGAAUGAGCACAACCACCACCUCAUCAAUGACUUCACCAUCAAACAAAUGCGUCAGGGAGCUUUCCUGGUGAACACAGCCCGGGGGGGAUUGGUGGAUGAGAAGGCCCUGGCACAGGCCCUGAAGGAGGGGAGGAUACGUGGAGCAGCCCUGGAUGUCCAUGAGACGGAGCCCUUCAGCUUUUCACAGGGUCCACUGAAGGAUGCUCCUAACCUAAUCUGCACUCCGCACACAUCCUGGUACAGUGAGCAGGCCUCCAUUGAGGCCCGAGAAGAAGCCGCUCGUGAGAUGAGGCGUGCCAUCACAGGGCGCAUCCCAGACAGCCUGAAAAACUGCGUGAACAAGGAAUAUCUGAUGACGGCCUCCCAGUGGACAGGCAUGGAGGCCACCGCUGUGCAUCCAGAAGUGAAUGGAGCUGCAGCUUACAGGUUUCCCGCUGGCCUGAUCAGUGUAGCCACAGGAGGACUGCCUGGCUCAGGCGCUGGUGUAGAGAGUAUAGUGGCCGCCUCUCUACCCAUGGCCCAUGGAAUCACCCCUGUCACCCAGCUCCCUCACACCCCGUCACCAGGGCAACCCACUAAAGCAGAGUCUGACAGAGACAACCCGUCUGACCAGUAGCAACCUUUUAAGUACAUUCCAUCAGCCAAGGCAAUUAAUACCCUUUUAAUGUCUGUCACCCCCGACACACUCUUUCCUCCUCUCUCCCAAACGGGCAAAAUCGGUUGCUUCUCACUUAUUUACCCUAUUCCAGGUGCAUAGGCAGCAAAAUAUGCAGGAUGCUACUCAGAUUCAUUUCCCCAUCCUCCUUGUCUUGGUUUUUCAUGUUUGUUCACCACCUUCAUAUUGUAUCCCCUUAUGUCCAACUCCACCUUCAGCAAUAAGUCUUUUUUUUAAAGACUGUAAUCUUAUUGACAAUUAGCUUGGUGUGCUUUAAUGAACACUUACCCUCAAAAACGUACUCAAUCAUUGGUAGUUUUUUUUUUUUUACAGUGUUUCUUGACCGGUUUCUUAAAAAAAAUUGCCAUCUUCUGUUCCUGAACAGUUUUGACCAUCCAGAAUACCUCCCCAAGAAUCAAUUUCAGGGUGGUGGUGUUGUCUCUCCUACCCCUCUACCAGAGUUAACUUUGUGUAUUUCAGUACUUUUUUCUAUCCUCAGUAUUUCAGAAAUGAUCUGCCAUUGAUAUUAUGUUCCAGGUCCUUGUAGCGUGUGUGUGGCGUGAUAUGUGCCUUUGUCACCUACUGAAGUUCAGUUCUUAGACUGCAUUUAUGCUCAGGAGAACUGUCAACUUCAGGUUCAAGGAAGACUUGUUGCAAAACCGUUUCACUGAAUUCAUGACUUCAUAUCCUUUUGGAAUGGUCCAGAGAGGCCUCGAAUUACGGACUUUUUCUUUUCCAUUAAUGAGUUUCAGACUCGGCAAAGAAUUGAAGUAGAAAAACCCUUACAACUUGUGUCAGAGUGUCAGUCCACUAAUGAUCACUGUGACUGCCACCAGCUGUGUAACCGCUCUGAAUCAUGUUGAUGGCCAUGAUGGUUCACAGUGUCUCUAACUUUAGCUCAAUGCUUCUAUCAAAGCAUGCAACAGUAGGCAAGCUAUAAACGUGGAUGGGAAUACUACUGAAGAAUAUGAUUGCAGGAAGGCCCCCAGUGCCUCCACAAGGACUUCUGAAGCUGGAUUUUGAUUUACUUUCAACACUGUCUUUUUCCAAGCCAAAAUGUCCUUCCUAUUUUUGCAAUUGUGUGCCCCCUUCUUAUUUCAUCUCUCUGAUUGUCUUUUGACUUCCAAUGAGGCCUUCUCUUGUUGACACAGCAACAUCCUGAUCAGCCCUGCUGUUUCCUCAAUCACCAAUCUGUGUCAUCUGUACCUCUAAACUGUCAACCUAGUGCUUCAGUUUAAGACGAGCAUGACUAUUGUGGUGGAUUUUGAUUCAGCCAAUAGGCAGAGCUACCCUACAGUUCCUUUUUCUAAACUGUAAGUAAUGUCCUUAAAGCCCGAUUUGGGAUCAGUGGGUGUCCAGGUGUAGGGGUUGUUUUAUUUUUUUAUUUUUUUUUCUCCUUUUUUUUUUUUUUUUUUUAAGUACACACAGUGAAGUAGCAUUCUGAUCCUCACAUCUCUUUAUGGUCAUAGUCAGUGCUGUCUACCUGCUAAAGUUAAUCGAUAGGGAUUUAACCGGGUUUUCAAUAAGAAGUACUCUUUGGAAUAUGUUAAGUUCGACGAUAUCCAUCCAUUUUCCUUGUAGAUUUUCAAUAUGUACGAUUUGUGUAAAUUAAAGGGGUUUAUGGAACGGCCAUACCAGCUCUGACUCUGCUAGAAGUCUAAAACAUAAAGGCCACAAUUUUUUUGUGCAUAUUUGAUUCUGUUAUGUUUUAUUAACUGUAAAAGCUCAUCACAUCUGGUCAUGCUAUGUAACCCUGAAUGGACGGCAUUCAUAAUGUCUUUCCCAGUAUGCAUAACAAAUUUUAUUUUGCUCACUGACAAAUUCCACUUUCCAAAAGAGAAUUUUUCCCUCAUGAUCUAUGAACCUGCACUCUCAAAAUUGUUCUGUGUCAGUGGAAUAACUUGUUAGUACCUCAUUAACAGAUAUUGAAUGUAUGCUUGAAAUCUUUUCUUUUGUAUGAAUACUGUUUUAGGGUUUGGAAUAACUAGAUCUCUCCUUGUGUGACCAGAUGGUGUGUGGAAGUAUUGAGCUUUUUUCCAGAAGAUUUGAACAUCUUAACACUCUGUGUGUCUCAGGCUUCUUGUCAGUCUUUAGACUUCUUUCUGAUCUUUUUUACUGAAUAACCUACAUGUAGGAUUACCAAAAGCACAACGCUUUUGUCCUAUUCAUUUCCUCUCUUGCAUCAUUGAGAUGUAGUGAUAUAUUUUAUAGAUUGACAGUUGACUGUGGGCUUCAGGAUUUUUGCUGUUUAUUAUACAUGAUGGAAAAAAACGUUCAUUCUUUUUCAAGAUGUAAUAUUGCAUGCUAACUAAAAAAAGGGUUUUCUUGGGAAGUUAUGAGAGCCAUGCUUUGACUCUGCUGGCUUUGAAGACUUUGCAGUUGUACCAGCUAUAAACCAGCCCAAGACUUUGGACGAGUUGGUUGAUGUAUGAUAGCCCUCCCAGAUUCAUGAUUCAAGUGAGUUGUUGUGAGAAGCUUCAUGCUUAUUCAACUAUCUAUGAGAGUUAUUAAAGAAGUUGUAUCAACCAUAGUGUACGGGAAUAUUACAAGAUAUGACUACUUGGAUACAUGCUCUUACCCACAUUAUGACCUUCACUCGUCAUUUACAUACAGCUUAUAUGGAGUCUUUGGGCACCCUGUGUAUGUAUUGUUUUUUGUAGAUGUCUUUCAGUUUAGUAGAUCAAUUUAUGUGUAUUUUCCUAAUUUUCUCAUUACAUUUUUUUUAUUUUUUAUUAUUUUGGGCAUAAUUGUGGUCUUUCUCUCAACUGAUUUGGCUUUGUGAUCAUCUGUACACUACGUGUUUGUUGAACCCUGUCUCUUUAUGUUGUUGGUGUUCUACAUGUUGUACGGAAACAUUUCAUAAAAUGUUCAUUUUCAAACUUUAUUUCCCUUCAAACCAGGUCUAUAUUGCAGUCUCCCACUCAGUCAAUUCAACAAUAAGCCCCUUUUCAUUGUUGUGAUCCUUUUGAAAAGUCAUGUAGCUUAUCACUGCCUUAGAACUCAAAUUGACAUUGGCUUGGUGGCUCCCAAUAUAGAUAUAUACUCAUUUGAGAACUCUUGACUAAAGACAUCUCUAGUGUUACACAUAUCACAGAGGUAACCUGGUCAUCACUAAUGUGCGCCGCCUCCGAGACUUCAUCAAAAAGUUAUUAGUUACCAAAGCUGUAUAGCUGUUGUAAAAGUGGUUUAUGAAUGAAAAAAGGGACGGCGAGGAUGGAUGUGGACUGGGAAAAUCACUUUUCUCUCAGGGUCUAAAUGCAAGCGAAUUCUACAGUCAUACUCAAUCUUAAGGUUGUUGACCAUUUUCCCCAUGUUCUUUUUUUUUGUUUGUUUUGUUUAUGUUAUGCUCAUACCAGAUAACAAAUUAUAGAAUAUUUUAAAUAAACUGAGGUAACUGUUGACAUUUUGAAGUGUAUUUUCACAACAUGUAAACAAGUUGGUUUUCCCCUUUGUUAUUUCUGUUAUUCCCUACACAUUUUUGUUGUGGAUUUAAAGCAUUUCCUUUCAUCUUAAUGCAAAGAGUUCCUGUAACUAGGCUCUUAAGCUUUACUUUGGUUUUGUUUACUUUUUUAAUAGAAACAAUCAUGUUUGUGAUGGUUACUUCCACAAAGUAUUUUAAUAAAAUUGAAAAAAAAAAAAAAA